UAGAGGGUGCAGCACACGCUCUACCUUCUGGACGCAGAAGAGCACACACUUCCUGUGCUCGCUCGAGCACAGCGAACACAUGCUGAGCGGAGGUUUUGUCAUUUUGUCUUAUAUCAAAAUCACAACAACUUGUAUUUAAAUGCUAGUUUAGUAGCUUGACGUUUAUCAGUUGCUAUGUCUGCGCUGUCACACGCUGUGCUAGACUUCACUACUCAGGGCAUUGAUGGAUUUAAUAACGGAGUUUACCACAGCCAUGUCUUGUGUGAUUUUGUCUGUCUCAUCAUUGCAUGCUGCUUAUCGGCUCUUCAAGGACCACAGAGCCUCAUCGGUGGGCUUCUUCCUGAUUGGCUUUUCCUCUGUCCUUUCGGCCUUUUCUCCCUUUAACCAAACUAUCAAAUCGCUCCAGAACGACGCAGAAUGGGCAGGUCAAUCACUCGGUCCUGCUCUUAUUACUUUUGACUUCUUGUGGCUAAGCGAGGACCACAUCACUGCUCGCGUCCUCCUGAUUGGCUCUACUUUUUUCAUAAUGCUCUCUGAUUGGUUAUCCUCAGACGGGUUGGUCCUUAUGUCACGCUGCCUGGCAUUUUCCACCCUCUCCUGUUCAUUGACGGUGUGUGCGUUUGCUGAAAAUACAGCAGGGGCGGUAGGGAGUGUUGCCCUCGGUCUGCCUUUAUUAGUUUCCCCAAGGACCAGAUCUAGGUCUUUGGGUUCCCUCUCGAUGCCUACAGAAGGUCUUCUCAGCUGGAUCCUCAAAGUAAUCGUGGCAUUAGGAUGCUGGACCACUAGGAAGGCUCUCAAUAAAUACCUGUUUGACUUAAAAGGCUGGGACUGACUAAAGCAGGGGUCGCCAAAGACAGCAGAGAACCACAAAAUGCUACUUUCGUGCUCAGAUCAUUAUCAGGCUUACUUAGUGUGUUACUUAAUAAGCUACUUAAUAAGCUAACAUUAUAUCGUAAUGUACUACAGAAACCGUAGGGUAUUUAACGUUUGUAAUCAGAUGAUAGAGUUUGCUUAUAACAUGAAAUCCAUUUCACUGACAUUGAGAGCUAGUAAAAUCCAUGAGCGGUGAAUAAAUUGUUUUAGCAUCUACAACAAUGAAAUCUUUGUAAAGAAAGAAUGGGACUCUGUUUAAAGCAGCGUCGC